AUGUAUCUUGAGGUAAUUUUGAAGCAUAAUGAGACAGACCUGAUGAUAUACCACGCACCAGAGAUAGCGUACGGGAAGAGCCAUGAAGGAUUACUGUUAUAUCCCAACCCGGAUAAUACAGGAUACGAAUUUACGGAGCGAAUGCUGAAAGAGAAAAGGCUGAGCAGGAGCCUAACGGAUGAGGAGUGCCCCAGGCGUCGAAGAGUCUUGAGGUUUUUGUGCCAUCUAGAGAGCGCGAACGAUAAGGACUCGGGGAACCAAGGAACCUUACCACUAGAGAGGGCUCUAAUACUAAUCUUCAGCAGGCUAAGGUCUUAG